AUGUUUGGAGGACGUCAAGGAUCACAGCAUUUCAAUGACCUCUAUGUUUUCAAUCUUGAUUCGCGUGUCUGGACACAGGGUAUUACCCACGGUGUGCUAGUCGGUCCACUGGCGAACCACGCAUCGGUAUUCAUCGACAAGAAUCUCUACGUCUUUGGUGGAAUGGAUGGUAAACAGUGUUACGACACUCUCUGGACACUAAACCUAGAGAGCAUGAAAUGGAAGUCACCAACUGUUGAAAACAAACCAUCGAUGAGACAUAAACAUACAUUAUCUGUCACCUCUGAUGGAACAGCACUUGUAUUGACAGCUGGAAUGGAUUUACCACCAAACUGUUAUGAUGAUAUACAUAUAUUACAAGUAAAUAAUAAUAUCAAUAUCAAUAACAAUAGCAAUAAUAAUAACAAUAAUAUUAACAAUAGUAUUAAUAAUAAUAACAACAAUAACAAUAGUAAUAUAAAUACAUCUGUUAUUGUGCAACAACAACAACCACAACCACCACCACAACAACUACAACAGGCUCAUUCAACCUCACCAAAUGGAAUGACAAUGAAACCAAUAGAUUCUUCACCAAAGACAUCUAUGUCUCUAUCACCACAAUUGUCGCCAAUUGCAGCAGCCGACCUUGAAGAUCCUAAAUAUAAGCAACUCUACAUGGAACUUCAGAGAAUGAAUGAAGAGGUGUUAAAGUUAUCAUUACAACAUGAUCAUAUUGCUGGAUAUACGAUGCAUUUAAUGUCAUAUGAACAAAUAACUGACUUGGAGAGAACCUAUUUGAAAUUACUAAAGAAAGCACAGAAAGCAAAGGAUGCAUUAUAUGAGAACCAAUUGGAAAUCAAUGGAAAAUAUGAGAAUAGAAUUAAACAAUAUGAACACUCGCCAAGUCAACAUAUUCUAUUACAACAAAGCUAUUCACCUCCACCACCACAACAACAACCAUUUAGAAAUUAUAAGAACAAUAAUGAUAUUCAACAACAGCAACAACAAUAUAUAAGUUAUCCACAACCACAACCACAGCUACAGCAACAAAACUAUAAUACAUAUAAAGAUAAUAAUAAUAACUAUAAUAAUAUAACAAAUAAUAAUAAUAAUAACAAUAAUAAUAAUGGAUAUAAACAAUAUAAUAAUAAUAAUAAUAAUAAUAUGUCUGUAUUGGCUGGUAAAGAUUUAAUCGAUUUUAACUAUCAACAAGCUCUAUUACAACAACAGCAACAACAACAAAACCAACAUCAUCAUCAACAACAAUACCAACAACAACAACAACCUCAGCUACUACCUCUUAAACCCUACAGAACAACUAACAAUAGCAACAACAACAACAAUAACAACAACAACAACAAUAAUAAUAAUAAUAACAAAUAUUUAAGUAAAUCCUUUGGCAAUGUAAAUAAUCAAUAUAAUAACAACAGCAAUAACAAUAAUUUACAAUAUAAUUAA